ACUUGUGCUUAUACGUAACUCCGCUUAGCUACUUUCCCUUUACUAAAAAAUCAUCCUUUUUAAAAAAAAAAAUAGGAUUCAAAACUUACUUUAUUUAUUCUCUAAUAAGCGCAAUUAGCGCUAAUACAAUAUAUUCCAAUUUAAUUAUUCAGGUAUACUCACAAGCACAGGUCUCCAAACCCUCCUAAGCAACCGUUGCCGGAAAGUCGCCGUCAACGGCCGAAUUCUCCGAACUGCCGAUCCAAUACUACCACCAGCACUAGAAUUUACGGUGAAAUCCCCCUCUCGAAUUUUCCGGUGACGAAACGAACAAAUUCUUAAGCUUGUUUCUCACCACCACUUCCUUUUUAUCCGGCGAAUCUCCGUCGCUGAAAAUCCGAUCAGGCGACGCAUCGUCCUCGGUCAAUAGCCGUCGAUCACUUCCUCCGUCGCUGCGGGUGAGGAGCAUGCGGAGAGUUUUACGGCGGCCAUAAUUGAAAGGUGAAAAAAAGGGGUUGAGGGUUAAGGAAAGAAGAAGUGGAGGAGGAAGGAAUAUGGAGGAGAUAGAAAGUGAGAUGUGAACUUUAUUAUUGGGUAGGGGACGGCCAUGGAUUAGAUUCUGUGUUUUCGGUCUAAAGAUUUACUAAAAAUUCAUCCCUUAAUUCUUGCAUUCUCAUCAACCCUUAAUUCAUCAAAUGGAUACUCAAUUAGUCAGAGGAGAAUCAUCUCACUUCUCUUAUGAAGUAUUCCUGAGUUUUAGAGGUGAAGACACCCGAAAAACAUUCACUGGUCAUCUUUAUUCCAAAUUGUCUGAUGUUGGAGUUAAUACCUUCAUUGACGAUGAGGAAUUGAGAAAGGGUGACGUGAUUUCAAGAGAAUUAGAGAAAGCAAUUGAAGAGUCAAGAAUUUCCAUUAUUGUUUUCUCAAGAAAUUAUGCUUCCUCUAGUUGGUGUCUAAAUGAACUAGUUAAAAUUCUUGAAUGCAAAGAUAAACUAAAGCAGAUGGUUUUGCCUAUUUUCUAUGAUGUUGAUCCUUCUGAGGUACGAAAGCAAACUGGGUUAUUUGGUGAAUAUUUGGCUAAACACAAGGAACGACCAUUUGGAGCUCAAAGGGUGGAGAAGUGGAUAGCUGCACUUACUGAAGCUGCAAAUUUAUCUGGAUGGGAUUUGCAAAAUGUUGCUGACGGGCAUGAAUCAAAGUUUAUUGAAAAAAUUAUACAGCAAGUCCUACAAGAGGUCAACCAGACACCUCUAGAUGUUGCUUGGCACCCAGUUGGAGUAGAUUCUCGUGUCAAAGAUAUAGAAUUGUUAUUGCAAAUUGAAUGUGAAGAUGAAGUUCGCAUGAUUGGUAUUCACGGAGUUGGUGGCAUAGGGAAAACAACUCUGGCAAAAGCUAUCUACAAUCGAAUGUUUCGACUCUUCGAUAGUAGUUGCUUCCUUUCAGAUGUUAGAUCAGAAGCUGAAGAAGUUGGUCUUGUCAAGCUACAAGAGAAACUUCUUCAACAAGUUCUCAAAACUGAGGACAUCAAAGUUGGAAGUGUUGCUCAAGGCAUCAAUCUAAUCAAAGCAAGGCUUGGGUCAAAGAAGGUUCUAAUUGUUCUUGAUGACGUGGACCACAAAAAACAAUUAGAAUCAUUAAUGCGAGAAAGAAGUUGGUUUGGUUUGGGUAGUUUAAUAAUCAUUACCACCCGAGACGAACGAUUGCUAUGUCGGCUUGGAGAAAAAGAGAGAUAUGAGGCCAAACUAUUAAAUGACAAUGAAGCUAUGUUACUUUUUUGUUGGCAUGCUUUUGACCGUCAUUUUCCACCAGAAGAUUAUGUUAAUUUGGCACGAGACAUAAUCAAAUAUUCAGGUAGGUUACCAUUAGCUCUUGUGACAUUGGGGUCACAUUUACAUGGAAGUUCUGUAGAAGAAUGGGGCCAUGAAUUUGAAAAACUAAGAGCGAUUCCUCAUUGUGAUAUCCAAAAGAUUCUCAAGAUAAGCUUUGAUGGACUUGAUGAUGAAACACAGACUGUUUUCCUCGAUAUUGCAUGUGCCUUCCAUGGGUUUGAUGAGCAUGAAGUUACUGAAAUAUUAAAUGCAUGUGGCUUUCAUGCUAAAAUUGCAAUUGCAACUUUAGUCCAAAAACACUUGCUCCAAAAAUCUUGGAAUAUUUUGGAGAUGCAUGAUCUAGUGCGAGAUAUGGGAAGAGAAGUCGUUCGCAUGGAAUCAGCUCGGGAUCCUGGAAAACGGAGUAGAUUGUUCAUCCCGCAAGAAGUCUGUGAUGUUCUACAAGGAAAUAAAGGUUCCAAAAAGGUAGAAGUACUGAAGGUAGAUCGACGAGCAUUUGAGGGACUGAACUUGAGCACCAAAGCAUUUAAGAAAAUGAAAAACCUUAGGGUUCUUAUAAUGGAUGAGUUACAUAUUAGUGGAGAUUUUGAGCUGUUGUCCAAGGAGCUCAGAUGGUUGUCUUGGAAAAAAUGUCCUUUAAAAUGUAUACCAUCAAAUUUUCCAGCUGAGAAUCUUGUAGUUCUAGAUAUGCGGGAGAGUGAUAUCCAAGAAUUUCAAUUGAAUUUGCAGUGUUGCAGAAGUUUGAAGAAGUUGGAUCUCUCUUAUUGCAAGCAACUCAGAAGCACUCCAAACUUCACUGGUUCAAUGAGUCUUGAGAAUUUGUCCCUUGGUAGUUGCUCAAGUCUGGCAGAGAUACAUCCAUCAAUAGGAAAUUUGGACAGACUAAUUAAACUAGAUAUGUCUAAUUGCGGAAAAAUUAUGGAUCUUCCAAGCAGCAUAUGCCAGCUAAAAUCCCUUGAAGACUUGGACAUUGAUGGCUGCUCAUCUAUAAAAGCACUGCCAGAUAACCUUGGAGAUUUGAAAAGUCUAAGAUCUCUUGAUGCAUAUGAUACGGGUAUAAAACAAGUGCCUAGAUCUGUUGAAAUGCUAAGAAAUCUUGAAACUUUGAGAGUGGGAGGUCGAAAGCUAGAGGCCAAAAGGAGUAUUUCUGGAAGAGGAGUCCAUCGGAUACAAUAUUCCUUGUCAACUUUUGUAUCCGAUUUGAGCCUUACAUACUGUAAUUUGUCCGAGGCUGAUAUUCCUAGGAAUAUUGGGAGCUUAUCCUCCUUAGAAUAUUUAGAUUUGAGUGGCAACAGUUUCCAUUGUCUACCCAUUGAUUUUUCUAAGUUACGAUUAUUGGUGGAGUUGUGUUUGAAUGACUGUGAGAAUCUUCAAACACUCCUGUCAGUAUCAAAUUUAGAGAAUCUUGCAAUUAUUGAACUUGAGAAUUGCCAAAAAUUGGUCAAGAUUACAGAGUUGGACAACCUCCCUUCUAUAUGGUCGAUCAACAUGAUAAAUUGUAGUUCUCUGCAGAAUCCAUUCAAUGAAGGCUUCUUUAGUGCACCUGCUCUAUCAUUUCUAUCUAGAAAAGAUCCUGAUUUGCGUGAUUUAGAAGUUUAUCUCCAAUGCAAUGAGAUUCCAGAAUGGUGCAGGAAUCAAGUAACAGCUUCAUCUAUGCGUUUGACUAUGCCGAUACAUAAUAAUAAGGAGUAUAACUUCUUAGGAAUGGUUCUCUGGUUUGUUUUCUGCUUUUUCGAUGAAGCCCCUUUUCCAAGCUUCUCAAUUAGUAUUGCCCAUAAAAAGACUUUAAUUGAGCCGUUGAAUAUACCUGAUGAACACAGAGAACUGACAUUUGUGUGUUACAUAUCUUACUUAGAUGAACCUUUUGAUGGCCAGAUAAUCAAAGGUGGGAAAAGGAUAAAAGUGUGGUCUGACGACUUUACAGUAAAGAAGAUAGGGAUCCAUCUGUUAUAUUUAGACCAACAUGGUAAUGUUAUAUCUUUACCGGGAGACGUGGAUCAUUCUUAUACUAGGGCGAAAGAUGUCAGGAAUUGGUGGAAAUAGAUUAGUUGAAGAGCCCAAAAAGAGUUUCAACUACUCUUUUUAUUGUAUUUUAUAUUACAGUAUUAAUAGGUAGUUGGUCAGAUAAUUUUAAUUGAUAUUGAUAUUUUUCCAAAUAUUUGUUAUAUACUCUUUUUUUCUUCUUA